UAAUUCUUGAUAAUCUCUUCACAGUUUACCAGUAUUAUCAAUGAGGCGAUACAGGAUAUCGAUCCUAGCAUAAGGAUUAUCAGCGAGCCGGGAAGUUACUACGUAGCUUCUAGCUUCACUUUGGCUUCAUAUUUGCAUUCCAAGAGAAUCGUUUCGAAGAACGGAGAAAUGAUAAGAAUGUAUUAUAUGAAUUGUGGAGUAUACAAUGCCUUUAUAGAGGAACUGUUGGAACUGCGAGCCAGAGUUCCACAAUUACUUACCAAGCCAGAAAACGAAGAGAAAUUUCUUUCGUAUAUAUGGGGACCGACUGCCGCUUCGCAAGACUUAAUUGUUAAAAAUGUGAUGUUACCUGAGCUUCAUAUUGGUGAUUGGUUGGUUUGGAAAGAUAUGGGUGCUUAUUCGGUAGCAAUAUCCUGUACGUUCAAUGGCUUUCCGAUUCCAACUGUGAUUCCAAUCAUUAAAAAAAGUCAAUGGGAAAGUUUUCAAAAGCAAAUUGAUUGUAGCGAUCUAUUUUCUAACUUUGCAAAAAUCCAGUAAAAGUUGACAAGGAUUAACAAAUAAACAAAUAAAAUUUAUAGCUAUUUUAGAAAACAUAAUAUAUAAUGAAUUUAAU